ACGAAGAACGCUGGUGUGCUAAAACGCCCGCGAUAUUGUCUUGACGACCUAGGUGAAAAAGGUGCUGCACAAAAGGUUACUGGCUGUGCCCUUGGUCCUGAUUGGAUUUCAUCUCUUUCAUUCGAGAGUGACUCCGAGGGACGCUCUGUGAACAUUGUUCGCAAUGUGGAAGUUCAAGCGGUAACCGAUGUCGAGAAUGGGUUGAAAUUGUCCUUAAGCAAUGGAACUGAGGUCCAGUGUGACUUUGUAAUAUGGGCUACUGGCGUUGUUCCAGCUACGAGCAUAUGGACGGAUAACUGCGAUGAACUGCAAAUUUCUCAUGCUGAUGGAGGAAUAGUUGUCGAUGAUGUGAUGCGUACAUCUAUUCCUGACGUAUACGCUUGCGGUGAUGUAUGCAGCAUAUCAUUUAGUGAACCGUCACCGUUUUGGAAG